AAUUUCUGCUACCUGAUGGAAAGUUGGCCUACGUUAGCCUACCGUAGGAAUUUAAAGGGGGAUAUAAGUAUAAGAACGCGGAGACGGGGAGUCGUUCGCGGUAGUGUCAAGCAUAAACGCACCGGCACCACACCCAGUGUGCCCACCAUUGCGAAACAAGACACGACCAUGCGCGUCGCGGUGAUCUUGUUGGCGUGCGUCGUUGGACUCGCUUCGACACAGUUUACGGAUGGAGGAGCUGGUGGUAGCCCACAAAGAGGACAAUUUCUACCGACAGCUAUUCGAUCUGCACGAUAUCAGAGGUUACCGAUAGCACGACCAAGUGCACCUUCGCAAUCAGUUUUUGCAAAUCAACGAAUACGUCGUCCAAUUACGUUCAGACCUAGAGGAGGAGCGGACGAUGGCCAAACAACAGGUUCCUUCCCAGUUGCAAGACUCAAUAGACCAGGCCUACCAACGAUCGCAUCAAUACCGAAUUAUCCUCAGCAGGUAAAACCAGUGAAAGAGGAUAGCGAAGAGGAAGAACGUUCACACGAGAUAUCUCGUGAUCAUGAACAUCAGGACGAUCAUAGCUUGGAACCAGAUGAGGAUGAGGAAGAAAUUAGCGAUGAAAAUAUUUCAAGAUCGGCCGGUAAUACAGGUCCGAGUGAUUCACAAAGACCAAGUGGUCCAUCGGCAAUAUCACAAUCGUCUGGCCCAGGACGUCCUUAUCAAUCGGCAUCUCCAGUGCCAAGUGGUAGAGGUGCAUUACCGCCGGCUCCUCCUUUCCAAUAUCGAACAACACCAAAACCAACGAAACCAAGAAAACAACCAAUUGUUGAGGAAUCACCAUUUAGGGAUCAGAUAAGAGGAACACCUAAACCAUCUAAACCUACACAGAUUUAUGAUUCCCGUGGAAAGAAGCCAGUAGCACAGAUAAUAAGACGAUAUCGUAACGACAAUGCCGACGGUUCAAUCACCUGGGGCUUCGAGAACGACGACGGUUCUUACAAGGAAGAGAUCAUUGGCACCGAUUGCAUAACUCGUGGUAAAUAUGGAUACGUCGACCCGGAUGGAGUUAGACGGGAAUACACCUACGAGACUGGAAUUAAGUGUGACGAGGAACAAAAGGAGGAAGAAGAGGAGAAUGGCUUUGUCGAUUAUCAAGAGAACAAAUUAGUGCUACCUGAUGGCAAAACCAUUGAUCUUUCUAAUAUGGGUAAGAAACAGGCACGUCGUCCUCGACCUACGUACGGGAACUGAUGAUCCAGAUUUUCAUAUAUGCUUAAGUCUACGAAAGACUAUUCGAGAGAUAUAGAAAUCGGUAUCGUUCAAUCAAACGCUUAUGAAAAUAGAAAAACUCUAACUACUUAAUCGAUUUUCGUAAAAGACUAUACUCUCGACUUUUCUUUAAAAAUCCAACGUUAUAACUCUAGAAAUAACACUAUGUAUUUUUAUAUAUAUAUAUUACAUAUAUACGUAUAUACAUACAUAUAUAUAUAUAUAUGUACUUUUAUAAAAACCUCUCUUGCGAUCGGAGCAUAUUAAAUCCGUGAAAAGGGAGAGAGCGAAUUGUGGUUGGGACAGAAACGCCAAAGGAUGCGUGUUUACCCCUUUAGAUUUGAAAAAGUGUUUUCAUCCGAUUGAUUUUAUUUUCGUCGAUUUAUACCUUCCCCCCACACCUUCUACGCUUCGCCGUCAUACACGCAUUCACAUCGCU